AUGUUCAAGGGCGUGUUCAAGGGCGCGUUCAAGGAAGCUCUGUCUGAGCCAGAGUACAGCCGAGAGCUGUCCUGCAGCUGCGUCACCCACGAUUCCGAGGGCUCGCUGGACGUCAGACAGUGGCAAAUGCCCCUGAAUGUGCUGAGUGAGACGUCUCAGAAAGCCGGGCACCGGCGUCUCAGCCCCCACCACACGCCACAGCCGUCGGCCCCGCAGCCCGAGUCAGCAGACCCAGUGGGAGCAGAGAUCACAGCCGCUGUCGCCACCUACUGGCCACGAGUGGAAGUGGCCUUUGGCCUUUGGCACACGGUCCAGCUGGCUGGCAUCUGCGCCCAGGCAGCCCUGGAUGGGGGCUGUGGCGGGGCGCGGGGACCCGGUGCAGUGGCUGCGGUGCUAACCGGAAACUGCCAAACUUCCCGUGGAAGCGAAGCAGGGUUUCGUAAGAACAGGACGGAGGGAGAAGAGAAAACCUACGGCGGCUGUGCAGGCCCUGAUGUGGUCAAGUUGGUAUCUCCGGUUGGUCGUGAAUUUACUGUGAAGAAGGAACGUGCACUAACCUCAGGAACAAUAAAAGCCACGUUGAGCGGCCCAGGUCAGUUUGCCGAGAACGAAACCAGUGAAGCCCAUGUUGGAGGCCCCUCACAGGUGCUCGCGGAAGUGUGCACGUGCUUGACGUGCAGGGUUCGCUGCACCAGCAGCUCCCCGGAGACGCCGCAGUGCCCAGCCGCACCUGGAAUUGCCCUGGGACUGCUGACGGCUGCGAACAUCCAGGACUGUUAA